CCGCGCGUGUGGUUCCUGUCGCUUUAAGCCGGUGCGGAAGUAACGGCAACACUCGGAGAAAGGUCAGGCUUCUUGUCAGGCAUAACUGCAGCCACACUUUAAACCAAACUGGGUGUUUUAUUCCACAAAGAUAAGGCUCAGUGUUUACAUACAGCUCGACGUACUUUAUGACAGCCGCUGCUACACUUCGUAACUCCGCUCGCAACGUGCACUGACGGGACAGGUUUUGGUUUUUGAAGUGUGACAGCGGCUCAGCUGAACUCCUCCUGAUGUCUGGGUCCAAAUGUGCUCGGCUGACCGGAGCCCUGGUGAAGCAACUGCUGGACACGGUGGACUGCGUCCUGUUCGACUGCGACGGGGUCAUCUGGCGGGGGGACCAGGCCAUCCCCGGCGCCGCGGAGGUCAUUAACCUGCUGAAGGAGAAGGGGAAGAAGGUCUUCUUCGUCACCAACAACAGCACCAAGACGAGGAAGAUGUACGCCGACAAGAUGACGACCCUCGGGUUCAACGCGAAGGAGGAGGAGGUGUUCGGGACCGCGUACUGCUCCGCCAUGUACCUGAAGACGGUGUGCAAGCUGCAGGGCAAAGUGUACCUGAUAGGGAGCGACGCGAUGAGGCGAGAGCUGGAGGCGGUGGGGAUCCAGCAGACCGGGGUGGGACCCGACCUCAUCACCGGGAAGCAGCUCGACUGGGCCAACGUGGACCUGGACCCCGAGGUGAAGGCGGUGCUGGUCGGCUUCGACGAACACUUCAGCUACAUGAAGCUGAACAGAGCCCUGCAGUACCUGAGCCAGCAGGGCUGCCUGUUCGUGGGAACCAACAGGGACACCAGGCUGCCCCUGGAGGGAGGCAAGGCUGUGCCAGGUACAGGCUGCCUGCUGCAGGCCGUCGAGACAGCAGCCCAGCGCCAGGCCCAGACAGUAGGCAAACCCAACCACUUCAUGUUUGACUGCGUGGCCUCCCAGUUCGGCGUGGAACGCGAGCGCUGCCUGAUGGUGGGCGACCGCCUUGACACAGACAUCAUGCUGGGCUCCAACUGCGGCCUCAAGACCCUGCUCACGCUCACGGGGGUCAGCACUGUGGCGGACGCCGAGGCCCACCAGAAGAGCGGCUGCGCGGAGAGGCAGGGGAUGGUGCCAGAUUAUUACGUGGAGAGCAUCGCUGACCUCCUUCCUGCUCUGCAGGGAUGAAACUACAGUGUAGCCCGAAGAGUACACACGUCUAAAAAGGGAAUAUAUUUUGUUACUGUUAUUAUGAAUUAAAUCAUCUCUAUAACAAAGUCACAGCCGAGCAGCUAGCUGCUGCGUGACAGGAGAAAAAAAGACUAUUAUUAAACUACACAUUACUAAAACCUGCUAAGCUAACAUUAUAUCAAUAUUUUAUUAUUAAUAACACAAGAACAACAAUUUCCAGUAUUGUUUCAGUGUAUUUUAAGUGUUAAAGAGACUCAAGGAGUUGUGUGUAUGUUCCUUUUUUUAGGAAAGUGAGCUUAAAGGGGCACUAUGUAGUUUUGGAGAAGAAAUUUAAACUCAAUUUGAAUAAUUAUAAUGAUAAUGAGAUAAUAAUACAAACUCUGAAAUAUUUAUCUUUUUAUAUUAAACAA